AUGGCUUCUGCCAUCCGCUUGCCGGGACAGCUCUUGUGCCACCCGCUGAACAUGGUGCUGCAUUGUUUUGGAUUGGGAUUUGGAUUUGGAGCUGGCGAUGCGAGAUGUAGUGGUGGAAUGGAGGAAUGCAGAGGAGAGGAGAGGAGAGGGAAUGAGAGGAGAGGACUCGGCCGGCGAAUGGCUUUGUCGUAUAUCACAUCUGGAUGUCGAGAGAGCAACUUCAGUCUCCGCCGACCUCGCCAAUUGCCCAGCUGGGUUACUGCAGCGAAGCUGCUGGCGAGCCUGGCCAAUGGGCAGCGCGAAUGGCGCAAGCCACUUGGUGUCAUUGCUGGCGCCGGCCGUGGCCUGUCCCAAGUGCAUGGAGCCGCCUGGAGGCAUCAGGGCCCAACAAAUGAGCGUCCAUGGCUGGCUGCUAGCCGGCAAAAGGCAGCGCAUGGCCGGAUGCCCAAUGCUGCAAAGGGCGUUGGGACUGGGUUCGUCCUUGGUUUAUCUCUCUUGCUUCCGUUUGGCUACUGCAAUUUCAAAUUGGCGUCUUGCCUGCCCACACACACUCAGUCACUCACACACACUUAG